CAACAUAGGCGGAAGCAAGCCUCGUUUAAAAUCACAAAGGCAAAAAUUGAGUACGACGCCAUUUUACUGUUAAAAUUCGUGUUCGCGUAGCGUAUGAUAAACUUUAAAAUUUAAAGAAUCCCUAAAAUGUCUAAAGCCGGGGUCAAUAUAACCCCAACAAAACAAGAUAGCAAUUUAUUUAAGAAAGAGAACAGGACAACUAACAGCGGUAAUAGCUCCAGUAAGGACGACAGAAGAACUUCAGGUGGCUUCAGUAACUCUGGUCAAUCAGGCCAAGGAAAUUCACAGGGACGCGGUGGUGGUCAAAAUUCAAGUUCUUCAAAUCAAAAUAAUCAGCACGACAGAGACAGAUCUGGAAAUAGAAAUGAAAACCGUCAGUUCGAUAGUAAAAAUGCUCCCGAACUUGACAAAUCUACAGAAAAGGACGACAAAAAUGCUGGGGAUGCUGCUGCUGGGGCUGUUGCCCCUGGAGAAAAAAAAUUCACUGGCCGAUGCAGACUUUUUGUUGGUAAUUUAACUCCAGAUGUUACCGAGAAUGAAUUCAAAAAAAUGUUUGAACCAUUCGGUGAAAUAUCUGAAGUGUAUGUUAAUACAUCUAGAGGCUUUGGAUUUAUUAGACUGGACUAUAGACACAACGCAGAAGCUGCAAAAGCUGCACUUGACGGUCACCAAAGAAAAGGGCGUAUUCUUAGGGUUCGAUUUGCCACGCAUGGUGCUGCGUUAAAAGUAAAAAAUCUCCAUCCAUAUGUUUCUAAUGAGUUGUUGGAGCAAUCUUUCUCACAGUUUGGAGAGUUAGAAAGAUGUGUCGUUAUCGUUGAUGAUAGAGGCAAGCCUACUGGUGAGGGAAUUGUGGAGUUUGUUAGAAAACCAGGAGCGAACUCAGCACUUCGACGUAUCAAUGAAGGUGUUUUUCUGAUGGGAGUAGAUCCUAAACCUGUUGCAGUGGAACCUUUAGAACAAAAAGAUGAAGAAGAUGGCAUGCCAGAGAAGUUUUUGACAAGAACAGAUCAGUACAAGAAAGAAAGAGAUAAGGAACCUAGGUUUGCUCCACCAGGCACAUUUGAAUAUGAAUUUGGCAUGCGCUGGAAGGCACUUGAAGACUUGGAGAGGCAGCGUAUUGAACAAAUUAAAAAAGAUACAGAGGAAGCCAGGCUAAAAUUGGAAGAUGAAAUGCAGAACGCAUUGUAUGAGUAUCAGGCAGAGCAGAUAAGACAAGAUCUCUUAAGGCAGCAAGAGGAAUUGCGAAGACUUGAAGAGCUCAGGAACCAAGACAGAAUGAGAAGGCAACAAGAAAUGGAAAUGAGGAGGCAACAAGAAGAGCGUGAAAGGGCACAACAGGAUGAUCGACGUCGUACAGAUAUGAUGCUGAGUAUGAGGCAACAAGAAUUAGCUAGAGGAAGAGGACCAAUUGACCCUCCUGGUAUGAGAAGCCGUGAAGAGCUAAUGAUGGCUGAUCGCUAUGCUGACCGUUUAUCAGAACGUAUGUCUGACCGCAUGGCAGACAGAAUGUCAGAUAGAAUGGGUGACCGCAUGGGUGACCGAAUGGGUGACCGCAUGGGUCCAGGACAGUCAGGAUUUUUAUGGGAUGACAAACAGAGGGGAGAGACUGGCAUGAGAGGUGAUGGGGGCAGAGGGAGGGACAUGAGGGGCUCAGGGGCUCCACCUCUUCAACCCCCACCUGUGCCACCCUCAGCAAUGAGUGCUAUGGAACGCGGAGGGCCAGCUCAGGCUUCAUCUUCUGGACAGAACUCUAAAUCUAGUCCUAAACCACUGAUGGCUGCAAGUGGAUUUGGUAGCUUAGGUGGUCAAAGUGGCAGUGGACCUGGUGCAAAUAAUCCAUCUUCUGGGGAUAACAGUAAUCAAAUGGAUGAUGACUAUACCAAUGAAGUUAAAGAAUCUCAGUUCCUAGAGAAUGACAGUGUCUUGUCUACUGAAGUAACAGAAAAAUUGCAUGUAGCAACGUCUACCCAAGAUUUGGAAAACAGUUAUGAUGAAAAUUCCUCUGACUUAUUCUCUCAAGACCUUGUUACAUCAGACCUUUCCCAACCUGAUGACAGUCAGUCAAAACUUGGGGAUAGUAACAUGGACUUUGUAGAAACUAUGGACACACUUACUGGGGGUAGCAAAGAUUUGUGUUCUGUAGACCGUGAUUCAUCCUCUAAGUGCAUUUUCAAUACUGGAAAUAACAACUGUUUGUCUGAGAAUGAUCCAGAGUCAUUCCCUCUAUCCAAAACACACAGCAAUACUCGUGAUCAUAACUUGAGAUGUCAUUCAGAAGAAAGAUACUGUUCUUCUGAUAACAUUUACACAUUCAAAUCAGAAAGGGCAAAGUCAGUUGAAUGCUGUGACAAAGACAUAACAAAUGUCUGCAGCACUUCAUGGUAUACUGAUCAUACAGACAAAGACCCUGUCUUUACAUCAUCUAAAGUUAACUGCAUGUUAGGAAAAAACAGUGAUUCACUCUCUUCAUUAAAAAUGCCUGAUGAACUUAGUUUAUGUUGUGCAAUUCCCAAUAAUAGAACUGACGUUUCAAAAGGAAAACCAGUGUUACAGAGGCAUUUAUCUGCGGAUAAUGUUUCAGAUGAAAUGUCUUUGUUUAACAAGAGUAAGGUUAUGCUUCAGCGUUAUUUAUCUGCUGACAAUGUUAAAAGUGAUGAUUCUGAUCAUUGUGUUGAUGGCGCUGUGGAUUAUUUAUCUGCAGAAGAGUUAUCACAAAAAUGUCCUCUUGGCGUACAUUCGCAAAAUAGUUACCAGUUUUCAGAUGAUGGUCCUAUUCAAGCUGAAGAAAUUUAUCGCUCAUCAGAUUCCUCAUCACAGUACACUUUAAGCUCAACGCAAAAUGAAUGCAAUAAAAUUGGUGCUAAGUAUAUAAACAGACUUCAUGAAAAAACAACUAAUCCUUUUACAGCAGCUAAAGAAGUGAAGGAAAUGGACAAUCUUAAUUAUGUACAUUCUGAAAGUGAAUCAGGGUACAAACAGGUUGAAGAGUACAGCUCAACUGAUUUUAAGCAUUCUUUAAAUAAUAGCAGUCAAUCUUCCUAUAAACAAAUCAAUAAAACCCAAACUGCCUCAUCAAAUUAUAAACAAAAUGACUUAGAUUUAUCAUCAUAUAAGCAAAGUUGUGAGGAAGAUGUUGGAGAAAUGGACACUGGUACAUUAGAUGAAGAAGAUACACAACGUGAAACAAAUGGUCCUGAUAUUUAUCAGAGUUAUGAAGAAAACUUAGUAGCCUCACAUUAUCAGAAUGCCAGCAUUGGGGAUGGGCCCUUGCUAGCAGAAUACAACACAGACUCAAACAUCUCUAAUCAGUGGAAUAUAAAUAAUAAUGCAGAAAUGGAUCAGGAUAUUACAAAUACUUCAAAUGUUAGCUGUGAGAAUUUUCCGUCAUCAUUUUCAUCUAAUCAGAACACCAUUGCAGAAGUCAGUGCCACAUCAGAACCCAGUACCUCUCGUGCUUCUUUAUCCCCAACACCAUUGCCUCAAGCACCGGCACAUUCCCAUAGUGAGGAUGACCACGAAGGUGUUCUUUGUACUGGAGAUCAGUCCUUCAAAAGUGCUGCUGCACGCCAAUCUGCUUUGAUACCCUUUAUGAAAUCUUCACACUCAGUACCAUUUGUUCCAAACAUUAAUCCUUCUUUAUAUGCUGGUGCAGCUGUUGUGCAAGGUAUGAGUGGACCAACAAUUAUGUCCAGCUCUUCAGUUCACAUUGCACAUCCUGGUGGUGCAACCAUAAUGCGCCAUCAGACAGUUAGUGCUGGUGGAGGCAUAACACAGGCAACUGUUAUGCAGCAACAGGCCAUGGCCAAUGGUGCUCAGGCUACCGCUGUUCUUCAGCAGAGAACUCUUACUAAUAGGGGACAGACCAUGGUUCUCCAGCAACGCACUAUGACUACAGGCCUAGGAGGAAUGACUCAGCAGACUGUAGUACAGCAGAGGCUGGCAGCUCCAAAUAGCGUUGCUCAAGCUGUUUAUCAUGCGAAUGCAAUGCGACAACGUGCUAUUGCAACACAACAAGCUAACCUGAUACAACAGCAGGCUAUGCGGAUCGCUCAAGCUAGAGUCAUGAAUACACAGAUGUUAAGAGCUCAGGCUCUUAGUGGAGCAUUUUUACAGCAAACAAGCGCAAGAAACUGCCCAUCUAUCUUAAACGCUAGCUUAGUUCGAGGGGGUACACCUGGUUCAGUAAUGCAACAACUUGUUCGUCAGAGAUAUCUUGGGGGACCAGUCAUGCCUGGGAGGGGAGUUCAGAUGGUUGCUGGUCGACCUGUUAGGGUUAAGCUGACUUAUACAAGAGAAAGUUUGCCAAUGGAUUCCAAUACAUGAGAUGCUACAAGUACCAGAUGAACACACUCUGAAUAUUAGAGAUUUAUAAACAAGUGAUAGUGUGGCAAUCAAGAAUAUAUAAGUUUCACAUAUUAUCGUGCUGGUUUUUAAGGAGAAAUUUUUGUAAAUAUUUUAGAAGUAUUGCUGUUAAAAGUGUUACAACUAUUAGACAAAAUUUUUAAUAUCCAUUCAUUUCCAAAAAGCUCCUAAUGUGUGAAUAUGUACUGUAGUUGGUAAAUACUAAUUUAUCAGUGUUUGAUUGUUGGGUUGUUAGAGACCAAUGUCCAUUGCAUGGAUUAUAAAUGUUUGAUGACAUGCUUAUCUUUAUAUUAAUUUACUCUAGUCAAUAAUGUGCAUAAUUUUUUGAAGGUAUACUUCCAAUAAUACAUAUGCCUGAGUGCCCUUUUUGCAAAAAAAAAAGUAUUAUACAAGUUAAUGUAAUGUAAGUCAUUUCCUCAAUCAUAAUGUAUUUAGUAUCGUCAUGUAUUUGAAAAAAAAAAUCAAUUAUAUGCUUAGACUACUAUUUAAAAAUAAGUUAUGUGGAUUUAGUUAGCUAAACAACUAAAAACAUAUCAUUCAUAAAUAUUUUAUUAUUAAUAAAUUGAAUUAGUAAAUUAAAAUUGUAUCAUAUCACAACUUUCUGGUAAUUAGACUCCUCAAAGAAACAAAUUAAAUACUAUAUUAAAAUAUGUUAAUUUUUACAAGUCAGGUAAGGGUCAUCCAUAAUGAUUGUCAUGCUAUUCUCUUAACCAGACAUGUCACCUAAUUUUUUUUUAAAAAUAACCUUUUUUUUCAUUGAUUUUUAUUUUUAUGAAGAGUAUAAUGCAUUCUACUUCUCAUUUCUUAGAUCUCACACCCAACCCUACCCUUUGUAUGUUCCACAUUAUUAAAGUCCGAAUUUUCUUACUGUGUGAUGUUUAUGGAUGACCUGCAUAGAAGAUUUAGCUCUCUACUUUUAGAGUUAUUCUGGCAGUUUCAUUAAUCAAUACUCUACGUUAAUUUUUAGCUUUUAGAACUAAUUUUACAUAUUUUAUAAUUAAGAAAAUUAAAAGGUUCAUCUUAGUAAUAAUGAAACAAUUAAAGUGGAUGUUACAGUUCACAGGGCUGGCCUCUGCACUUUCAUGUUCACUCAUAAUUUAUAUACUGUAUCCAUUUAACAUCAUCUUUAAGUCUUUCACAAUAUAAAAAUAAACUAGAAAAGUUUGAUGUCAUUUCAUGCUGUUGUUUUUAAUUAAAUGUUUCCAAUUAUGUAUUCAAAUCAAAAUUUUCUAUGAUGGUUUUAAAAAUGUGUGCAUGUUCUUUGGACACAAAAAUCUAAGAAUGUAAUGGAAGCUUUCCAUUAUUAAUUAGUUUUUCAUUAGUGCAAUUAAAAUUUUAUUACAACCCCAACAUUGUAAUCUUUGUUUCCAUAAAAUAAAGAGUGCAAUGAAAAAUUUAGUGAUACAUUGAUAGGUAUACCUUUGAUAUGUUGCUUUUUUUUUUCAAUGAUUAUUAUAUGAACAAAAAGUAACCAAAAAAGGUUAGAGAACAAUUUUUGUGCUCUUCUUAUUUAUUAAAAAAAAAAAACAUACUGUGAUCAUAAUAAUUAUACUGCCAUGUUGUGUAUGGUGUUUAUACAGGAUUUACAAGUUAAAAACAUUCCUUUUACUGUAUUAAAAGUGAAAACUUGAAGUUAGUGAUUAAAAUGAGAAAUCCACUCACUCUACUAUCAGUUAUUACAUGAAGUUAAAACUGUGUGAAAGAAAUAUUGACUGCUGGUGUGUGCUUGAAUGUGACAUUAGUUUGUAUUCUACUUUUAAACCAGGCUUGUGUUUGAAAAUAGUACCAUAUGAUGAGUGUACAAUAUAUUGCUGUACGUAAAAUAAUAAUGCUUUGUGGUUUUUUUUUUACAUUAUUAAUUUGCUCUGUUCAUUGGAAUGUUUGGAUUUUUAUGAUCGUCAUUAUUUAAGGCAUUUCACAUUAAUCGGUUUAGAUUCCCCAUAACACAUCCUAGCUGUUUCAUUUCUUUUAAAAAUUUAAGCUAUUGUUAUUUUAAUUUGCAAAAAUUUUUUUUUUUGUUUUGUUCGUUUCUUUACAUUAAUCAUUAAGAAUAAUUUCAGAUUUAUUUUCAUGGGUAAUUUUGUAUUUUAAGGUAGGUAAAGAUUUUUUUAUGUCUUCUACCUCAAAGCUGUACCCAACCUAAUUGUAUUGGUUUUGAGUUAGUUUUAGCUUUCUUUUAAACAGCUAUCUAAAAAAUAGUUGAUGUUGUUUUAUUAUGGGGGAAAAUGUUUAAUUACCACAAAAUGUAUAGUGACUUUUUCAUGGUAAUGACAUGAUCAAAAAUUAUGUACAGGUAACUCAAUAUCACUUCAGUAUUUAAUUGUUUAACAUGAUGUUGUUUUAUGUUGUUUAUUAGUCAAACGUUUUAAUAAAUUAUUUUUACAUUC